CAUUAAAAAUAUUCAAUUUUUGAUUUAAUAAAUUUUAAUAAGUACUUCUGCUAUUAAAUAUUUACUAAAUUAUAAUUUAUAAUGCCAGUUUGUGUAUUUGAAGGCUGUAUGAGCGGCAGCAAGCAAAAAAAUUUAGUUAAACCCAAAAAUGUACACUUACAUAGGUUUCCUAAAGAUGUAAAUCUGAGGAAUAAAUGGUUAAAUCAAAUAACACGGGGUUCAUCUAUAAAAAAUGUUAAUUUUGAAAAAGCUGUUGUGUGUUCAUUACAUUUUGGUCCACAACACAUGGUGGAAAAGCCACUUGUGUUUGAUGGUAUUGCCUCACCUAAAUGUGCAAGGAGAUUAAAACAUGAUGUUGUUCCAUUAAGGUAUUUAGUAUACUAUCAAAACAUUGGUAGAUAUUUUAAGUUUAAAUUUAUAUCUAGUAUAAAUGGGCAUGAAUAUUCUUCACCAAUUAAUUGUCCACAUUCAUUAAUUAGUACUCCAAGUGGAACGUUUAAAGUAACGUCAUCAUUAGAUGAUAAUUUAUGCAAAUCAAAUGUAUUGUCGUUAAAUAACUCAACUCCUUUGGAAGUAAAGUGCAAAAAAAAUCUAUUUGACAUUGAUUGUGACGAUGGAAUAACAUUUUUGCCAGAUGACAGCAUUCUGUUGCAGCCUGUUGAUGACGAUAAUUCCAAGUAAAAUAAUACAUAGAAAAAUGUAGCAAUUGUUCUAUGUAUUUAGUUUGUUCAAUGUUUUGGGUGUUAUUUAUAAACAGUACAUGCAUGCAUGUAUUAACUCAAAUGUAUUUGUGUUAAGUUAUUUGCAUCUAAUUAGUAAUUUAUUCAUAAUUGUUUCUGUCUUAACAAGUAUUUUAUGUUUAGUUAUAAAGGUCAACACAAUCACAUCCACAUAGUCACCUCAAGGGAUAUCUCUUCUUUAUCUUAAAUGUUUUUCUUAUACAAAAACCUAUAUUCUUUAACAGGUUAUUCAUGUACAUCUUUACUUUUGUGUAGUUAUGAGUAUUAAUUUAGUUUUAAUUUUUCUUAAUUGUCUGUUUUAAUAAAAAUGAUACAUGCUUACAGAA